UGCAAGAAAAGCUCUCAGGAAGCUAAAGACAGGUGCAAGAAAUCUCUUGAGGAUGCAUCUAAUAAGAGGAGGGAAAAGACUGCCCGUGAGCAAGAGCUUAGACAAAGUGUGAACAUUUCUCGCGUUGGAGAUGAAGAUGCUGCUCAUAUCGAAAGCACGGAGCCACACAAAUUAGGUCCUAUUGACAAGUGGGCACGGCCUAUUGAUCCUAAAUUGACUCAAGCUGAAGCCUUGCAUCAACAGAAGAUAAAUAAGGAAUUUUGGAAAAAGAGAACACAUGAAGUGCAACAGUAUGUGGCUAGAUGGGUGUACAAUCAUGCUAUACCAUUCAAUGCUUGUGACAACGAUGAUUUCAAGUUAAUGUGUGAAGCCAUUGGGAGGUUUGGUCCUGGAUUUGAGCCGCCAUCUAAACAUGACCUUCGAGAGACUUUGUUGAGUGAGGAACAUGCAAGAGUGAAGAGUUUGCUGCAAGAACGUGAUGCUGAAAAGAUGAAGAAUGGCUGCUCCAUUAUGACUGAUGCUUGGUCAGAUAGGAAGAGGAGAAGCAUAAUGAACUUGUGCACAAACAGUGCUGAUGGUUCUAGUUUUAUAAGGUCGAGUGAGAUGUCGGCUGUAUCGCACACAAGUGAAGUCAUCUUCCAAUUAGUGGAUGAAGCAAUUGAAGAAGUAGGUCCUGAAAAUGUGGUCCAAGUAGUGACUGAUAAUGCUUCUAAUAACAUGGGGGCAAAGAAGAUGUUGUUGGAGAAGCGGCCGAACAUGUUUUGGAGCUCUUGUGCGACGCACACCAUUAACUUGAUGUUGCAAGGAAUUGGCGAUCUGCCAAGGUUUAGUAAGGUACUUGAAAAAGCAAAAGCAUUCACUAUCUUUGUCUAUGGGCACACACGGACCUUGGACUGCAUGAGACACUUCUCUUCAGGGAAAGAGAUCAUAAGGCCAGGGGUCACUAGGUUUGCUUCUGCUUAUCUAACUUUGGAAAGCCUUCUAGAAAAAAAAGGAUCAACUGAGGAAGAUGGUGGUUGAUGGUAGAUGGGACAAACUAAGACUAGUUAAAUCAAAAAAGGGAAAGGUAGCAAUAGCUACGAUGAUGAGCAUGGCUUUUUGGAAAGAUUUGAAGCUUUGCCUGAAUGUCUUUGAGCCUUUGGUAAAAGUCCUUCGUUUGGUUGAUGGGGAUGUCAAGCCAUCUAUGGGUUUUGUCUAUGGAGAAAUAGUGAAGGCAAAGAAAGAGAUCAAGGAAGUCUAUGGCAAUGUGGAGUCACGUUACAAAGAUGUGAUUAAUAUUGUUGAGAAAAAGAUGAAAGAUCGACUUGACUCUCCGUUGCACUUGGCUGCAUACUUACUGAAUCCAUAUUAUAGCUAUGCUGAUACUAAUAUUUUUGAUGAUGGGACAAUAACGGAACGGUUCAUUAGCUGUGUGGAGACCUUUUAUUAUGGUGAUGAUGACAAGCAAGAUCAAGUUGUCAAUUUUGAAUUAAAGAGAUUCCAGAAUAGAGAAGGAUCAUUUGCAAAGAAGCUUGCGAGGAGUUGUCAGAAUUUUGAUUAUAAUGCAGCAUCUUGGUGGAGGCUCUAUGGAACUGAAGCACCAGCUCUUCAAAGGAUGGCUGUGAGAAUCCUCUCAUUGACCUCAAGUUCUUCGGUCUGUGAAAGGAAUUGGAGUACCUUCGAAAAUAUUCAUACGAAGAAAAGAAACAGGCUAACUACAGAACGUCUAAACUCUCUUGUGUUCAUACAAUUCAACUCGAGAAUGAUGGCCAAGAAACAAAUGAUCAAGGAGAAGAAGAUCAUUGAUGUCCUCUUAUCCGCUGAAACUACCAAAGCUCAAGGUUUUCUUUUUGAGGGUGGAGAUGAUUAUGCAGAAAUCGUCUAUAGGGAUGAUGAUGAGGAGGAGAUGGAUAGUACAGGGAUGCCAGGGAGUGGCAUUGGAGAAGCGAUGAGAGUCAAUGAAUUGCUCGAGCCACGUAGAAGUGCGAGACUAAGACAACUUUAUGAAGAAGAAGAAUUCGAUUCUGAAGAAGAGGAGUUUGAUGAUGAUGAGGAGAUGCAUUCAGAUGAGGAGAAUGACUAUUGACAAUUGAGGAGGCCCAAAUGUAGGGUGUCUUUUCUUAAGUACUUUUUUAUCACAUAUCUUUAUGUCAUUGAGUCAAACUGUUCGUGUGUGCGUCCGUGUGGAAUUUCCCUUUUUGAUUGUGAGAGAAGUCUUCCCAAUAAGAUUCUAGGAAUUAAAGAACUUCAUUUUGAUGUGUGAACUGUUGAGCUCAUAAUUUAUAAUGCUAUGCUAA